GUCUUUGGGUCCCCAUGUCCAUUAUCGCCACCUACGAAUGACAAACACUCUCAUAUGCAUAUGAUAUCAUAUGAUAUCAUAUGAGAAAACGGGGAUCAUUGAUGAAGCCCAAAGGUAUAAAUACUCGUGCAUUUGGCACAUAUCUUCGUUCUUCUCCAUCGAACUCAGCCAGUUUCGAAUUUGGGUCAUCAAAGUCUACCUUUAGCUUUCCUUUUCAACUUUUACAUCACCUUUACACCACCCCUGUCUUGUUAUCCCUCGACAACAUAUCAGAUCAACCAUCUACGAUGUCUAACCAACAAUCCAAAAUCCCAGAUGCCUCAGUAGUGCCUGCUGUUGAAGUGGAAGGCCACAUGAAUGCACUUUUUGAACUGCCUUCUAAUCUGACUGGUGACGACGCUCCAGCCACCUGCAGUCAACAAAACCCACUUUACCGCGUUGGUACCGUCCCUCGUAUGCAAUUCAAUAAACGCAAUGAAAUGUUUGUUCAGGUGAAGUUCAAAAUACAUGCUGAAAAGGAAGUCGAAGUCCAGGCCACUUCGAUGAAGGUAGCUAGCAGAUCACGCCGCGCUGCAGCCUCUGCGGCGCGCUACAACCUCAUUGAAUCGAAAAUGUUUAAUCAAGGCAAUGUGAUCGAGCUGGUGAAGUGCCUAUUCGGGAAAUCUCUCAAAGAUUUCAAAGGUAUGUGUGGAGAUAUUUGUGAUGAGUAUCAAUCUGGCAUGCGCCAAUUGGUACUCGCAAGCGAUCUUGCUCCACGCUUGGUCUGGGUUGCUCAGGUUGGACGUGAAAAAAUCACGCUGGUUGAUCAUCUAACCUGGCAAAACUUUGUUGAUUUACUUGCGAGAGCAACGAAGCACAAAGGUUCGGUCAUGAUUUUUACCGAAGAUCCCAAGGAAAAAGCCAAAAAGGACGCUCAGACCUCCGCGGCGAAAGAGCUCAUCGCUUCAGCCAGCGGCCCCACUGCUGCAGAAGCGCAGGUGGGUGUUCUUACUCAAGAGCUAGAGGUGCGUGACCCCCAUUCCCUUUUUUCCAUUCCCGCUUUCGGUUGUGAUGCUUUCGACAUGUCCUCUGACAUUGCGUGUGGAACCAGGAUGCCCCAAUCUGGCAUGGCAACUCGCGAGAUUCCACCCCGAACCUACGAAUUUCUGGCGAUCAUGAAGAAGGCGCGUGUGUUCCAUAAGGGCACCAAAGUUGACGAUCGAGUCAAGAUGCGCAGCGCUCAAUUGCGCCUUGAUUUAUCUCCUACCUUUCACAAAUCGGGCGGAUCUCGCCAAUCUUUUUUUGAUCCUCCAGCGAAAUUGCUAUUUCAAAAACCUACCGGUUCCAAAAGAUCUGCCUCUUAUGCCGGUUUAUCUUUGGCCUCUGAAGAUGAGAAGAAAAAGGUCAAAAUCGAACCAAGCUCUCCACCUGGCUUACCCAAUUCUAUCCAUCUGUCCUCAGAUCCACCGUCCGCUACCGGUUUUCCUUGGUCUCAAGAAUGCAAGAUACAAAUCAAAAAAGAACCAGGCUCCCCCUCCAAACGCUUGACGAUUGUGAUAUCUUCGGAUCCCCCUUCUCCUAGCCUAUUCGAGUCUUCUCAAGAAAUCCAAAAGGACAUACCGAAAGAUACAGGUUAUGAAAUCUUUCGAUCCAACACUCCUGGCACCUCGGAGGACCCGCAUCGAGCUCAUGCUGAAGCCUUAGAGCGAUUUUUAGUCCAUUGCAAUGUCCCACCCAAUGACGAGACCACCAGAAUGAUUCUCGAACGAGCCAACGUCAAAUCAUGGACUGACUUGAUUCCUAGCCACCAGUUCACUGAAUCAUCACUUACUACCCGCGGCAUGCACCCUGCUCUGGCCUCACAUCUCGUCAACGAAGCCAUGGAUCGCGUCAAAGAACUCAACAAGGAUAUCGACGAGCUUGAAGAGCAAGAGUCUGUGGAAUCGAACGAGUCAACCCCUCGCCCUCCAUCCCCCGAAUUUUGAAAUGUCUAAUCAAGUGUUUUUGAAUUUUGAACUGUCUAAUCAUGUGUUUUUGACUAUCUCAAAAAUUUUCAGAACUUGCGUCUGUAAUCAAUGCUUCUUAGUUUUCGCAGCUUCCUCAUUUCAACCCCAGAACAACUAUGUGAUUGAAUCUGUCUCUUUCGUGUGCUGUUUGUCUCUUCCGUGCUGCUCCCAACCAAACAAAUGUCUUGAGUUUACUAUACGUGUUUGAUUGUCUUUCUUCCUGCUUUCUUUUUCUAGAACCUUGCAACCCCCAAAGAAUGAAAGAUUUUACUUUCUAUGU